UUAAAACAGGAUCUCUUUCUUUCUUUGUUUCUCUCUCCUCUUCUUUCUCAGGUCUUGCCACCACCACCACCACCAUCUAUCCACCUCUCUUCUUCUCAACCCUCACAUUCAUUCUUUGCUUCGCCCUUUUAUAUCACGAGAUCCCUUUCUCUUCUUCUCUUUCUCUCUGACACUCUCCCUUUCUAUAUCUCUCUGUGUAUGUCUUUUUCAGAGCUUCUUCACACAUUGCCGCUGGUUCCCGGUGAUAAGAGAGAAGUGAAGAUAUACACAGUGAAAUUUCUAUCCAUAUAUACACACACAUUGGGUGUGUGUAUAUAGUGAGAGAGUGAGAGAGAGAAAAAAAGAAAUAAGGGAUUUGAAGAUGUCGCAUUCUAGGAAGGGAUCCAUUUCUGGGGCUGAUGGGUUGGGUGAUCGGUUCAAGAACUCGCUGAGAUGCAAUGAACCGGAAAUUGACAAGCCGGAUUUCAGGGAACUCGAUCUGGGCUCGCCGGUGUCGCCGUUGCUUUUCCGCCGGAGAGGGACUAGUUCUUCAACCGCCACCACCAGUAGUAGCUCUAGCUCGUCUGGAUCGGUAUCGGGUAGAAAUGGGCUUAACCCGGUUCAGAAGCGGUCCGAUUUGAACCACUCCAGUGAGCUAUCAGGUUCGGUAGACAGUUCACCCGGGCGUGGGUCUAAGCCCGGAUAUGCGAAGUCGGAUUCCGGCGGUUCCAGUCCGCUAAUCUACUCUGGAGGGACCACCGCCAGCUCUCCGGCUUUGAAUACUUUCCCGGCGGGUAACAUCUGCCCGUCCGGCAACAUCUGCCGGUCCGGCAAGGUGCUGACGACAGGCAUGGCCAACCGGGCCACCAAGAACGAUGUUUUGGGGUCUGGGACUGGGAAUUAUGGCCAUGGCAGCAUAAUGCGGGGCGGUGGAACCCACAAAUCCAGUGGUGCUAGUAGUACCACAAACUCGAAAGGAUUAGUGGUUGGAGAGACAUUGAAGGGUGUAAUGCGAAAUGAUCCAGAGGAGUUGAAGUGGAUAGGGAAUGAGCACUACAAGAAGGGUCAGUAUGCCGAGGCUUUGAAUCUUUAUGAUAAGGCCAUUGCGAUCUCACCCAGAAAUGCAGCCUACCAUUGUAAUCGGGCGGCAGCAUUGAUUGCUUUAAAGCGGGUAGAUGAAGCAUUGAGGGAAUGUGAGGAAGCUGUUAGAUUGGAUCAAGGAUAUGUAAGAGCCCACCAUCGAUUAGGAUCUUUGUUUCUUAGUUUAGGACAGGUCGAAAAUGCCAGGCGACACAUGUGUUUAGCGGGCCACCAGCCAGAUCACGACGAAUUGAAGAAGUUGGAGAGGGUGGAGAAACAUAUAGGAAAAUGCAACGAUGCCAGGAGACUUGGAGAUUGGAGGAGUAUGUUGAGGGAAGCUGACGGUGCAAUUGCCUCUGGAGCCGAGGCGUCUCCUCAGCUAUUUGCUUGUAGAGCCGAAGCGCUUCUGAAGCUCUCCCAAUUAGACGACGCUGACUCGAGCCUAUCGAACGUUCCUCAAAUAAAGCCAACAACCCAGUCAAAGAUUUUCGGGAUGUUUUCCGAAGCGUAUCUAUUAUUUGUACGGGCUCAGGUUGAAUUGGCGCUUGGAAGGUUUGGAAAUGCACUUUCAGCCAUCGAGAAAGCUGGGCAGAUCGACUCUCGAAACAUCGAAGUUUCGCUUUUACUCAGCAAUGUGCGAUUGGUUAGCCAAGCUCGCAUCCGUGGCAAUGACCUAUUUAAAUCUGAAAGGUAUACCGAAGCUUGUGCAGCAUAUGGGGAUGGUCUCAGGCUUGACCCGUCAAAUUCAGUUCUGUACUGCAAUAGAGCAGCUUGCUGGUAUAAACUCGGGCAAUGGGAAAAAUCUGUCGGUGAUUGCAAUCAAGCUCUCCAUAUCCAGCCAAAAUAUACCAAAGCCCUCCUCCGAAGGGCUGCCUCAAACAUGAAGCUUGAGCUAUGGGCCGAAGCUGUAAGAGAUUAUGAAGUCUUGAAGAGAGAGCUUCCACACGAUAAUGAAGUUGCCGAGUCUUUGUUUCAUGCUCGAGGUGCACUUAAGAAAUCCCGGGGGGAAGAGGUUCAUGAUUCGAAGUUCGGUCGAGAGGUUGAAAUUGUUUCGGGUCUCGAACAGUUUCGAGCCGCAAUUUCAUCUCCGGGAGUAUCGGUGGUUCAAUUUAAAGCAGCUUCGAAUGUACAGUGCUGGGAGAUUUCCGCAUUCUUGGAUACAUUGUGUAGCAAAUAUCGGUCCAUAAAUUUUCUCAAGGUGGAUGUUGAAGACUGCCCAGUACUUGCUAAUGCCGAGAAUGUUAGAAUUGUACCAACGUUCAAAAUUUACAAGAAGGGCGAGCGGGUGAAGGAUCUGGUCUGCCCGAGUCCCGAGGAGUUGGAGUCUUUGGUGAGGCAUUACUGUAUUUAGAACUUGAUUACUUCUCGUUUUUCAGCCUUCGUUUCCUCAUAUGCUUCCCGAGCCCAGCCCCAGUUUAGCGGGAUCUGCCUUUCUGGCAUUAUACAAGAAUUGUUUGUUGUUCCGACCACCUAAUAAUCUUUAUUAGGAACCAUUUCGAUCAACCCAAAGGUUAGUGGAAUUGAGACGGGUAGUUUAGCGUUUUCCUUCAAAUUUAUUCAUUCAUUCCUCCUCAAUGCCGUUUGGUUCCAGAAUUCUUCCCAUCGGUUUUUCAUUACCUUUUUCUCUUUACCUUUUUGCCCUCAAGUAGGCUGGCCUCUACAUAUUACAACGAUCUUCACUUGUAAGGAGAGAUAGUGAAAUGUAUGUACAAUUGAUUAAAAACGAUAUCCUUUAGUUGCACAUUUAAGAGAAUCUAGUCGAGAUGGCUGGCUUUAGACUGUAUAUAUGUGACAAUAUAUACCAAACAGUGGGAGAUUCCAUGGCUGGCGGGUGAGUAUCGCACCAGGCCGCUGGGCGGGCUAGUGAAAGGAUGAACGUGAUAGUGUGGUUGAGAUUGAUUUUCAGGGCGGUUGGUACUUCUCCGGGCAGUGAAAGAAAGAAGGGUGAAUAUGAUCGAUCAUGUUAUCGAUUUUGACUGUUUCUUUGUUCAACCAUUCCAUCAAUAAAAUUUAUCAUUUCCUUUGUU